AUGGUGCAGCGCUUGUCCUCCUCGGCACCGCCACCGCCGCCCCCCUUCGAUGAAGCUGGCGAAGAGGCUGCCCGAAGACACUGCGUCUUCUUCCACAACGCGCCCAUUCGAGUGAAUGAGGCCACCUUGAAGCGCUUCUUCGAGCGAGCGGGGAACGUCCGGAGGGGAAGUGGAAGUGGUGCUGGGUUCUUCAUCCCUCAACUGCCCAUACCGCCAUGCCGAAUCAAGGUGGGCUCAGCAGGUUAG